AUGAAGUACACCACUCUCUCGACACUCGCUUCCUUCUCCGGCCUCGCAUCCGCUCUCACUCCAGCACAAUGGCGGACACAAAGCAUCUACCAAGUCAUGACGGACCGCUUCGCCAGAACAGACGGCUCCACCAGCGCAUCUUGUGAUGUGAACAACUACUGCGGCGGCACAUACCAAGGCCUGAUCAACAAGCUGGCUUAUAUCCAAAACAUGGGCUUCACAGCAAUCUGGAUCUCCCCCAUCGUCGAGAACAUCCCACAGUCAACCGCCGAUGGAUCAGCAUACCACGGCUACUGGGCGCAGAACAUCUACAACGUCAACACCAACUUCGGCGCUGCCUCUGAUCUCGUCGCAUUGUCCAACGCCCUCCACAACCGCGGCAUGUACCUCAUGGUCGACAUCGUCACCAACCACUUCGCCCAGGCCAACACCCGCGCCAACUUCAACGCCAGCGCCGUGGGUGCCCCCUUCAACAACGUCUCCAUGUACCACACCCCCUGCGACAUCGACUACAACAACCAAACCAGCAUCGAACAAUGCUGGCAAGGCGACAACAUCGUCGCCCUCGCCGACGUCCGCACCGAAGACUCCAACGUCCAAGCCCUCUGGAACAGCUGGAUCCCCCAGCUCGUCUCCAACUACACCAUCGACGGCCUGCGCAUCGACUCGGCCAAACACGUCACGCCCUCCUCCCUCUCCGCCCUCCAAUCCGCCGCCAACGGCAUGCACGUCCUCGGCGAAGUCUACAGCGGCGACCCGUCCUACCUCUGCCCCUACCAAUCCACCAUAACGGGCCUCAUGAACUACCCGGCCUACUUCUGGAUCACGCAAGCCUUCAAGUCCACCUCCGGCAACAUGACCACCCUCGCCACCGGCAUCAACACCCUCAAAUCCACCUGCAAAGACGUCACCCUCCUCGGCUCCUUCCUCGAAAACCACGACAACCCACGCUUCCCCGCCCUCACAUCCGAUCAAUCCCUCAUCCGCAACGCCGUCUCCUUCGCCCUGCUGCAGGACGGCAUCCCCAUCCUCUACCAGGGCCAGGAGCAGAAACUCUACGGCGGCAGCGUCCCCUACAACCGCGAGGCCCUCUGGUCCACGGCGUACUCCACCUCCAGCUCCGCCACGCUGUACCCCUUCAUCACGACGCUGAACAAGAUCCGCGCCUGGGCCAUCAAGAAGGACGCCGCGUACAUCACCUACAACGCCUGGCCGAUCUACACCGACACGUCCACGAUCAUCAUGCGCAAGGGCAACGCCAACGCGCAGGUCGUGUCCGUCUUCACGAACCGCGGGGCAAGUGCUAAGACCGCCACCCUCACUUUGGGAGCGACGAAUUCCGGCUUCGUCAAGUAUCAGUCCGUCAUGGACGUCGUGGCGUGCAAGAGCUUCACGACGGAUUCGAAGGGGAACUUGGGCGUCACCAUCACCAGCGGUCUUCCUCAAGUCUUCUAUCCGACGAGUGCGUUGAAGAGGAGUGGGAUUUGUAAUCAGUGA